CCACUAACCUUUCUUAAUCCUAACUUCAAGAUAACCCCUUCUCUAAACCUCCAUAAAUUCCCCUUCUUCCAUUCCUCACUACUCACCCUCACACACAUCACUCCAAUCUUGACCACCAUGAUGAAACACUUCUCAAUUCUUCUUCUUGCUCUCUGUCUUUCCACAGCCUCAGCGCAGUCGCCUGCGGCGGCUCCGGCUCCUUCUCCUUCAUCGCCUCCCACAGACGUCAUCAGAAUCCUCAACAAGGCCGGGGGAUUCACCACUCUGAUCCGUCUUCUCAAGACAACCCAAGUGGCUAACCAGAUCAACUCGCAGCUUUUGACUUCAAGCGGUGGCAUCACACUCUUCGCCCCCACCGACAAUGCCUUCUCCAGCCUCAAAUCGGGAUUCCUCAAUUCCCUCAACGACCAGCAGAAGAACGAGCUCAUUCAAUUCCACAUAUUGCCCACAUUGGUGUCCCUCUCAAACUUCGACACUUUGAGCAACCCCGUGCGGACUCAGGCAGGGGCGGAUCCGGAUCGUUUGGCCCUCAACGUCACGGGUUCUGGCAGCCAAGUCAACAUGACGACCGGAGUUGUCAAUGCCACCGUAGGCGGAACCGUGUAUACGGAUAGCCAGCUGGCGGUGUAUCAAGUGGACAAGGUGCUUCUUCCCCGGGAUUUCUUUGAGGCCAAGACUCCUGCACCGGCACCGGCUCCAGCGACUGCCAAGACGAAGGCCUCGAAGAAGAAAGCGGCGGAGGGGCCUGCUUCUCCCGCGGAUGACUCUGCUGCGAUAAGCUUGAAACAGAGGAAAGAGAUGUGGGGGCUCAUUGCUGGAGUUGCAGUGAUAGGGUUUUGGUUGUGAUCGGGAAGGGAGGUUGAAGACGAAGAAUGAAGCAACGUGCGUGUAUGUAAUGUGUAUGUACUAUGUGGUGCAUAUUGGGUCCGAUGUUUUCCUCCUCCUCCUCCUCCUGCUGCUGCAUGAUUCUUGGGGGUGGGUUCGAUUGAAUUGAAGGCGACCGGUCAACAUUUUGUAGUGUUUUCCAAAUAAGUCUUUCUCCCUUUUCUUUUCUUCCGCUUCUACUUUCUUUUGUCCAAUUCUUUUAUGUGAAAUAUGAAUCAAGUCAGUUUGUCGUGAGUUAUAUGUGCUUUUUGAAGGCUUUUGACCACUCUCUGUUCAUCGGAAGGAAAAAGGGCUUUUAAUUUUCUCUUGUUUGUUUUUUGGGUCAAUUUGAUGUAUUCUUGCAAUGAAAGGCAUGCGGCUAGAAAAUAAAAGCAGUUUUAAUAUUCA